CAACAACAUUGGCUUUAAAAAUAAAAACGAUGGAAUCUUAUAAUUGCAUAAACACACACACACACACACCCUUUACCCUACGGGAUCGUGCUAAAUCAAGGCCCCUAACUGUCAGUAGGUCCCAUCCCCCCCUCAUAAAAUGGCACACUACGUAAAUAAGAAGAAUGGCUCUAGGACAUUAUCGUCAUUUUCUUAUCUGAUGCAAAAGACUUGACUUUUCCUUUUUGCAGACUUAACCAUUCCUCCUCCUUCCCUCUCUAUUUAACCAACUUAACCAACAAUUCUUUCUCACUUCUCCACUUUUUUUCUCGGUUAGUGUCAGUUUUUUUGUUGGCUAGUCUCUUCGGUCAAAAUGCAGCUCUUUCCGGUCAUCCUACCGACACUAUGCGUCUUCCUCCACCUUCUAAUAAGUGGCUCUGGCUCUACUCCACCGUUGACUCACUCCAAUCAACAAGUGGCAGCCACUCGUUGGCUUCCCGCCACCGCAACCUGGUACGGAAGUGCCGAGGGAGACGGCAGCAGCGGAGGAGCUUGUGGUUACGGAUCGUUGGUGGACGUGAAGCCGUUUAAGGCUAGAGUCGGAGCGGUGAGUCCGAUUCUGUUCAAAGGUGGUGAAGGCUGCGGUGCAUGCUACAAGGUCAGGUGUCUCGACAAGACCAUUUGCUCUAAGAGAGCAGUCACCAUUAUUGCCACCGACCAGUCACCGUCAGGACCAUCUGCUAAAGCAAAACACACUCAUUUCGACCUCAGUGGCGCCGCCUUUGGACAUAUGGCUAUUCCCGGCCAUAACGGUGUCAUCCGCAACCGUGGCCUAUUAAACAUCCUCUACCGCCGAACGGCAUGCAAAUACAGAGGGAAGAACAUAGCGUUUCAUGUGAACGCAGGAUCAACUGAUUAUUGGUUAUCGCUUCUCAUUGAGUAUGAAGACGGUGAAGGAGACAUUGGCUCUAUGCACAUUCGUCAAGUAAUAUUUCUCAUUAGUCUCUCCCACAUUUUCUUUAAAAUGUAUACUUAAUAUUACUUCAUUUGUAUGUUGAUUUAUGAAGGCGGGAUCUAAGGAGUGGAUAUCGAUGAAGCACAUAUGGGGAGCGAACUGGUGCAUCGUCGAAGGACCACUCAAGGGACCAUUCUCCGUGAAGCUCACAACUUUGUCCAACAAUAAGACACUCUCCGCCACCGACGUCAUCCCCAGUAACUGGGUUCCCAAAGCUACUUACACCUCUCGCCUCAACUUCUCCCCUGUUCUCUAAUUAGCCUCUCUUCAAAAAAAUUUUGUUGUGGGAGAGAGGAACACAGAGAAGACAAUGAGUGAGCCAUCUCCAAAGUUAGGGGAUUAAGAGCUUUUCAUUGUGUGUGUGACUACUAACAUUCUAUGUUGUCCCUUUUCAUUUUUUUCCUUCUCCAUAGGGAUGUGUGUAUCAUCUAUAAUGUUGUUUGUGGGACAUUACUAUAUAAGAAUUUACAAAAGAUGUAAUAAUGUAAUAUGCAAUCUCAUUCCUUUUUUAGCUCAACUCUUUUGCAUGCCC